UAUGCGCACAUGCGCGGACACGAUGCGCCUCUCUGCGUCCUCCUUGUGUCUGAGGAGGAGGAAAAGGCGCAGACGCUCCAGAUGCCAGCAGAUGAUGAAGAUGCUUCCUCUUUUCUGCUGUUUUGAGGACGUGUGAGGGGGCUGGACGAGAGAGGUUUUGGUAUUUUUUUUAAAUCCUGAAACGAGGCGCCGCGGGCGCGCGCACAGGUAGAUGAGAUGCAGGUGUGACCAUGAGAGCGGCAGGCAUGGAUCUGCUGUGGAGGAUCCUCGCUGCCUUCAGCUUCGACUGCUUCAAAUCCGACUCUUCCUCUUCGAGGUCUCCUACUAAGCUGAGCUCCAGCCAGGCCGGCAGCCUGGACAGCAGCUCCCUGACCGGAUCUCUGUCUCUGGGUCCGGAUCUCCUGCACUGCCAGUGCUGCAUUUCCUACGGCUCCCGCCUCAAGCGCCUCUCCUGCGGCCACCUUUACUGCAGCCCCUGCUGCGACCAGAUCGUCAACCUGGCCUUCGAGGACAUCGAGGGCCUGUCCGACUACCCCUGUCCCAUGUGCAAGUCCAUCCGUCAGCUGGGGGGCCUGGGGCCGUCGUCCUCGGGCUGCCUGUACGGACCCUGCGGCAUGCCGCCGGAGCAGCAGUCGGCGGGAAAGCAGCACGGGAGCCGGUGGGGGUGAAGCUCCUCGCCUGAAAGCACUGCCAUGAAACCAUCAUCCGCUUUCUGUGGGUGGAGGGGAAGAAGAAGUCCUGCGUAGAGGAACAGCAUGCACUUCUGUUUUUUACUGGACUCCAUAGUCUGUAUUUUAACAAUUCUAACCUUCUGACUUUUGACCGUUCCGAAGCUUUGUUUUUUUUGCACAUCAAACCGUUAAACGUGCAUCAAAUGUUCGGGUUUACCGUCUGACUGUGCCAUGCUGCCUUCCAGUGUUUGAAAUAUUUAUUUUGUCUACAAAAAAUAAACGUUUGUGAGCGUGUGA